AUGAGGAAAAUAAGGGGAUUGAUACCCAUCAACUUCUGGCAGGAAGUGAAACGUAUUUCCAGACUGGCUGGGCCAGUGUUUUUAUCACAGCUGAUGAUAGCUCUCACAAUUAUUGUCAACUCCACAUUCUGUGGACAUUUAGGAAAAAUUGAAUUGGACGCAGUUAGUCUUGCCUCAGCGGUAAUAAUUAUAUUGGGUGCCUCCAUAGGUAUUGGGUUGUCUACAGCAUGUGACACACUCAUAUCUCAGACAUACGGCAGCAAGAACUGGAAGCGAAUAGGAGUGAUUCUCCAAAGAGGGAUUCUCAUUCUCAUGAUAGCCUGCUUUCCCUGCUGGGCUAUCUUCAUAAACACCGAGCACAUUUUAGUGGCUUUAAAACAGUCUCCUACAGUUGCCAGGUUGGCACAACGCUAUGUGCAGAUAUUUAUUCCUGGCCUCCCCGCAACAUUUCUUUAUCUGUUGGAGAUCAGAUACCUUCAAAAUCAGGGGAUCAUCAUGCCUCAGCUUUUCACUGGUCUCAUAGCCAACAUCCUCAACGCUGUCACCAAUUAUCUCUUCCUCUUUGUGCUGAAGCUGGGAAUGCCAGGCUCGGCUGCUGCUAAUGUUCUCUCUCAGUACUGUCAGGCUAUUCUCCUGUUUGUGUACAUUCGAUGGAAAAAGUUGCAUGUUAAGACCUGGGCAGGAUGGUCUACUGACUGCCUGCAAGAGUGGGGCCAUUUUACACGGUUGGCAAUUCCUAGCAUGUUUAUGAUAUGUAUUGAAUGGUCAGUGUUUCAGACUGGAACUUUACUUGUAGGGACAAUCGAUAAAGUUCAACUUGGAUCUCAGGCCAUCAUAGAUUAUAUUAUAUACAUAACAUACAGGGUUCCUCUGGGAUACAGUGUGGCUGCAUCUGUUCUUGUGGGUAAUGCACUGGGUGCCAGUAGUCCAGAGCAGGCUCUAAACUCUGCUAAAGCUGCCCUGUGUUGCAUUGGGUGCAUCUCCUUAGUAACUGCAGUGAUACUUGGAUCAAUAAAAGAUGUGGUGGGUUAUAUCUUUACCAAUGACAAAGAAAUUGUUCAUUUAGUUUCAGAAGUAGUUCCAUUGUGUGCUGCUUUUCAUUGGUUUCAAUCCAUAGCAACUGUAAGUGGUGGAGUGUUAAGGGGAGCCGGGAACCAAAAACUGGGAGCUAUUGGAAAUCUAGUUGCAUACUACCUAAUUGGGCUUCCAAUUGGAAUCUCACUGUUUGUUGCAAAGCUUGGUGUAUUUGGUCUCUGGUCUGGAAUGCUCAUUUGUGGGUUUGUGCAAUUAGUUUUCUUUCUGAACGCGAUUUACAGAAUCAACUGGAACAAAGCAUCCGAUGAGGCUCUGGUUAAUGCAGGUGUGAUGAGAGAUGUGGACACCUCAAACAGGACCUCUGGUGGUCAAACCCAAUAUAGGUCAACAGAAAUGAACACAGGAAACAGUGCAGUGAAUCCGAUUCCCAAUGUCUGUCAAUUGGAACAAAAGAUAAACAAGGACCAGGUGACAGAUGAGUCUUCCAUUGUGGACACUGGAGUGACCACGAUUGGAGAAAUCUUGUCCACAAAACAACUGAUCAUUCGUCGUGGCCUAGCCUUCCUUUCAGGACCACUUGUACUGGCAAUUGGACUGGUGAUACACUUCAUUCUUGCAAAGGACAGGUAG